AUGGAAGGCGGAUGGGGGCAGAUUGAGGAAGAUGGGGGCCGGAUGGAGCAUUCCCUCACCUGCAGCCACUGCCCUCACCUGCAGCCACUGCCCUCACCUGCAGCCACUGCCCUCACCUGCAGCCACUGCCCUCACCUGCAGCCACUGCCCUCACCUGCAGCCACUGCCCUCACCUGCAGCCACUGCCCUCACCUGCAGCCACUGCCCUCACCUGCAGCCACUGCCCUCACCUGCAGCCACUGCCCUCACCUGCAGCCACUGCCCUCACCUGCAGCCACUGCCCUCACCUGCAGCCACUGCCCUCACCUGCAGCCACUGCCCUCACCUGCAGCCACUGCCCUCACCUGCAGCCACUGCCCUCACCUGCAGCCACUGCCCUCACCUGCAGCCACUGCCCUCACCUGCAGCCACUGCCCUCACCUGCAGCCACUGCCCUCACCUGCAGCCACUGCCCUCACCUGCAGCCACUGCCCUCACCUGCAGCCACUGCCCUCACCUGCAGCCACUGCCCUCACCUGCAGCCACUGCCCUCACCUGCAGCCACUGCCCUCACCUGCAGCCACUGCCCUCACCUGCAGCCACUGCCCUCACCUGCAGCCACUGCCCUCACCUGCAGCCACUGCCCUCACCUGCAGCCACUGCCCUCACCUGCAGCCACUGCCCUCACCUGCAGCCACUGCCCUCACCUGCAGCCACUGCCCUCACCUGCAGCCACUGCCCUCACCUGCAGCCACUGCCCUCACCUGCAGCCACUGCCCUCACCUGCAGCCACUGCCCUCACCUGCAGCCACUGCCCUCACCUGCAGCCACUGCCCUCACCUGCAGCCACUGCCCUCACCUGCAGCCACUGCCCUCACCUGCAGCCACUGCCCUCACCUGCAGCCACUGCCCUCACCUGCAGCCACUGCCCUCACCUGCAGCCACUGCCCUCACCUGCAGCCACUGCCCUCACCUGCAGCCACUGCCCUCACCUGCAGCCACUGCCCUCACCUGCAGCCACUGCCCUCACCUGCAGCCACUGCCCUCACCUGCAGCCACUGCCCUCACCUGCAGCCACUGCCCUCACCUGCAGCCACUGCCCUCACCUGCAGCCACUGCCCUCACCUGCAGCCACUGCCCUCACCUGCAGCCACUGCCCUCACCUGCAGCCACUGCCCUCACCUGCAGCCACUGCCCUCACCUGCAGCCACUGCCCUCACCUGCAGCCACUGCCCUCACCUGCAGCCACUGCCCUCACCUGCAGCCACUGCCCUCACCUGCAGCCACUGCCCUCACCUGCAGCCACUGCCCUCACCUGCAGCCACUGCCCUCACCUGCAGCCACUGCCCUCACCUGCAGCCACUGCCCUCACCUGCAGCCACUGCCCUCACCUGCAGCCACUGCCCUCACCUGCAGCCACUGCCCUCACCUGCAGCCACUGCCCUCACCUGCAGCCACUGCCCUCACCUGCAGCCACUGCCCUCACCUGCAGCCACUGCCCUCACCUGCAGCCACUGCCCUCACCUGCAGCCACUGCCCUCACCUGCAGCCACUGCCCUCACCUGCAGCCACUGCCCUCACCUGCAGCCACUGCCCUCACCUGCAGCCACUGCCCUCACCUGCAGCCACUGCCCUCACCUGCAGCCACUGCCCUCACCUGCAGCCACUGCCCUCACCUGCAGCCACUGCCCUCACCUGCAGCCACUGCCCUCACCUGCAGCCACUGCCCUCACCUGCAACUGCAGUCACUGCCCUCACCUGCAGCCACUGCCCUCACCUGCAGCCACUGCCCUCACCUGCAGCCACUGCCCUCACCUGCAGCCACUGCCCUCACCUGCAGCGACAUAUCACACCUGCAGCGACAUAUCUCACCUGCAGCGACUGCCAUAUCUCACCUGCAGCGACUGCUCCGCCUGCACCUGCUGCCACACGCCGAUGAGCGCGUUCAGCACCACGAUCGCCACGAUCACCACCGGCUCCUGCGCUGCCACGUGGCGCGGGGAGAAGUACCACGCGGGGAAGCUGGGCGGAGGAAGGGAGGUGGAGGAAGUGGGCGGGGAGAUGGCGGAAGGGGGGGAGGGAGUGGCGGGGUCGUUUGUGGGAUCCGGGGGAGGAUCGAGGGUUGGUUCUUGUGGCGAGGAGGCUUGA